AUGGCCGAGCCGGGCAGGGCGUCGGCCGCGCCGGACGACAGGCUGGGCUCGGACUCGGACUCGUGGGCAUCUUCCGCAUCGGACUCGGAGGCGAGACCAGAAGCAGAAGGAUCGUGGAGCGGCUCCGGACUCGGAUCUUCUGCCGCUCUCCAGCCGUCGGGUCGGACUGUGGUGCUCGAGGGCCUUCGAAUGGAGUACCCCGGCCCAGACGAGCCGCUAGGAGACCGCAGAACGGCGCUCGACGACUCGCUUGUCACCUCGUUUGCCAUGGCGGCGCCCGGAAGCCUCCUGCGACUGACGUACUGCUCGGUUGAGACCAAGCCGUGGCUUGCUUCCGAGCUGGAUGCUUCUGCCGGAAGAUGGGCUGCGGCCAACGUCGAGGCCGGCAUCACCGGCGUCCUCGUCUACGUCGCCGGCCUGUUCUUCCACGUUCUCGAAGGCCCGGCCCGCGCCGUCAACGCCCUCUACCUCCGCAUUGCCCGGGACGAGCGCCACGGUGAGUGCUUUGUCAUCAAUCUGGAAACCGCGCCGCUCGGCGACCGGCUGUACAGCGAGUUCAUCUUUCAGCGCGCCUCGUCGCAGCCGCAGGUCUACACCAUCCUCAAGAACGUCCUCGCCUCGCUCUCUUCAUCAUACCAAAUCCUGGAGCGCUACCUCCCGCCUGUAGUGCUUUACCAGCUCAAGCAGGGUCUCAACCCGUUUGACUGUCAGCCGCGCAUCGUCGAUGCUCUUGUUGUCUUUGUCGGCCUCACCAACACACAGCCGGCCUCGGCUAAGUGGCUCUCCGAUGCCCACUAUCCCACUUUUAUCGUCUUGCUCUCCGAGCUCUACGAGCACGUCACCUCGUCCAUCGUCCGCGCUGGUGGCGAGGUUGUCAAGUUUAUCGGUAAGGACGUCAUGGUCUGCUUUCCCGAGGCCGACGUUCUCCCCGCCCUCCACGCCCUUCACAACCUGCAUGUCCUCCUCACCGUCCUCUGCGACCGCUCGUCGCUGCCUGGUGCCUCGGUUGCCAUGGGCGCCUGCGCCGGUCCGGUCGUUGAGCUCAACAUCGGCUCGGUCGACUUUGAGAAGCUCGACUACACCCUCCUCGGCAACGUCGUCAACACGGCUUCGCGCUUCAAGUCGCUUGCUGCCUCGCUCGGCCACGAUUUGGUUGUGGCGCCCUCCGUCGCGGAACUGAUUGCUCCGGGCGGCGCGUCGCUGCCGGCCCAGCCUGGGGCCCAGCUCGCAGCAGCAGAGUGGACGCUCGUCUCGCUCGGCGAGCACGUCCUCAAAGGACUCGCCGACCCGCAGCCUGCCUUUACCGUCGUUCCGCCUUCGACCCGCGCCAACAGCUGGCCAGCGCUACCGCCGCGCGAGCUCCUGCCUCCUCGCCCGCGCCUCCUGGACAUUGCUGCCACCCACUCUUCCUCCUUUGACCUCCUCCGCACCACCAUCGAGCUCACCUCGUCGCCCAAGUCGCCACCAGUUCGCCUCGAUGCCUCGGGUCGGUACUCGAUCGACCACUCGAUCGCUCAGGUUGCCGACCGUGUCGACCACGCACUCGACAACGCCUCGUUCCGGCUCUCGACUUCGAUGCUCUCGUCGGGCUCGCCGUCGAGCUCGCCGUCGGGCGACACGCCGCUCCCGCGGCUUCCUUCUAUUGACCUCUCCGACACCCCGCGAUACGUCGCGCUCGUUGCCCCGGACAUCCGCGGCGAUGCGGCGUAUCCGCGCUCACCGGACAAGACUGACCUUGCCCGCGCGCUACAGGUCACACUCUCCGAGCCCAAACUGCCGGCGUCGCCGAUUCGUGGCCUUCAGCACUUGGCCAACCGGCGGAUGGGCGGCUCGUUUGACUCACGUCGGCAUGUCGACGUCGCCUCACUCCUAGCUACCGGAUGCGACCGCGCUGGCGCGUCUGCGCCGACCUCUGCUUCGAUGCCGAUUCAGGCACGUUCGGUUGCUGCAGCCGCCCGCGCCCGCUCGCGCGCCCGCAAGGCCUCGGUCUCGACGCCGCCGCCAAUCGGCAUGCUGCGUGUCACGUACGUCUCGCUUGCUUCAUCGUCGAUGCCGUCGUCAGAGUGGGCGAGCCUCGUCGACAAGUGGCGGAUGCGGAACCUCAAGCGUGGCAUCACCGGCCAGCUGCUCCGCUCGUCAUCGGGCGAGGUGCUGAUGCAAAUCCUAGAAGGACCCGCCAGUGCCGUCGAUGCACUCUUUGCCCGCAUUGCUGCUGACCCGCGCCACCACCACGUCACCCGCGUGGGCUCGGAGACCAUUGUCAGCCGCGAGCACCACGGGUUCUCGGCCGAAGUCUUCUCCUUUGACUCGACUGGGCCGUCGGGCGAGCUCGUGGUCGAGCACAUGAUCCGGCUCAUGCUCGACACCAUGCUCACCUCGUACGUCUCGCUCCGCGGCUACACCCAGAAAAAGGUACUGGACAUCCUGCAGACCGGUGCCAAUCCGCUCGCCCACUACUCGCACCCGGUCCGGGCUGUCAUCCUUGUCACCGACAUCCUCGACUUUACCCGCAUCACCGAGGUUGUCGGCCUCAACGCUGAGUUGGUUGUCGAGCUCAUCAACACCUUUCUGGAAAUCGUCAUUUCCGCCGUCGAGCGCGGUGGCGGCUCGGUCAACAAGCUCAUCGGCGACUGCGUCGUCGCCUUUUUCCCGCCACAUUCCCGGUGGAACGCGGUCCAUGUCGCGCUGGACAUUCAGCGCCGGCUUGCCGCUGCACGAGCCGCCGCCGGCGAGGAUUCGAUCCUCUCGAUCAUGUACUCGGGCGUUGGCCUCGCGUCCGGCCGGGUCUUCCUCGGCAACAUCGGCGUUACCCGCCUCGACUUUGCCAUGAUCGGCGCUGCUGUUGACGACGCCCAUGAUCUCGAGUCGGCCACUCGCUCUGUUGAUGCUGCCCUCCUCAUCUCCCCGAAUCUCUUCCGUGAACUGGAAGGCAACCCGCCAGAGCCGCCGUCGCCGUCGCCCAGCGCGCCGCCGACCAUCAGUGCGCUCCCGCUAGUCCGGCUUGGGCUCGGCGAGAGCCACGCCUACACCGUCGACUCGCCCGACGCCCGCUGGGACGUGGCUGAUGUUCAGGCCACCGUCAAUGCCCACCUUGAAGGGCCGGUCUUUGCCCUCCCGUCGGCGCUCGACUCGAUUGCCGACCUCGCCAACAGCUCACCCGGUGAGGGCCGGACCCAGCCGAUGUCGCUCCACGCGCUUAGUGUGUCGCCGAUUGUCAAGUCGGGCGCAUCGUCGCUCGACGACGACGGGUCGACGCGGUCGGACGGCGACGAUACCGGCCGCGACGGCGACGACGACGACGACGCGGUCGAUCUCAACGAGCUGCUCUCGGACGAUGUCUCGUUCAUGACAAUGGUCACAGCGUCGGGCAUGCUCGACUCGCCGUCGGCCGACGCGGUCGACCCGAAGCUCGAGGUGACGCAGUCUGGCGACUCGGGUGAGUUUACUAUCAACUCGGUCCAGCGGUCGCAAUCGUUCGACAUGCGGCGGCAGCCGCAUCGGUCGAUCUCGCGCCGCCGCGCAGGCUUCCUCACGCUGGGACGUUCCGGCAGCCCGGGCAGCGGACUCGGUUCGCCGGGCGGCCGCGAGGACUCACCGUCAGCGUCACGACUUGCCGCGGCCGUUGCCGGGCGGCGACUCUCAGUCUCGCUCUCGCCGCCGCGGCAGCUGAGCCGCAGCAUGCGACACACGCCGGCGCGAGCACCGUGGCAGCAGUCGCCGACGCACUGGCGCGACUCGCCGGCGUCGUCGUCGGUCUCGCCGCACCGCGGCACGGUCUCGCUGCUCUCCGAGACGUUGCCGGCGCGGGCGUACUCGUCGGGGGAGCCCGGCGAGUUUGGAUCGGCCACUGUCUCCAAUCUCUUUGCCUCGCUCUCUGGCCGGCGGCUCGGCCGCUCCAGUGACUCGUCGCGAGUCGGCUCAGAGCUCCGCGAGCUGGCCGGGCGGCUUGCACAGGCACUGCCGCCACUCAAGAAGCACACCAAGAGUCAGUCGGGCCCGGCGACGUGA